GUUCCUUGCAGGCAGCCUGGGGCUGAGGAGACAGGGAAGGCUGGAGCGUGUGGUGGGGAGUUCUACAUCUGCUCUACCUCCCAAUUUGUAUGUGGCUUCCAUGUGCCAAGAUGACUGAGAUGAAUCCCUCGCUCUGACACUCACCUGCUGCAGGGACACGGAGCGCACAGACUCAACUUUAUCGCACUUUUACGCUGGGAAAAAAUAUUGAGCGUUACAUUUUACGCAGGGUGAAAGUCGCACGUUACUUUCCGUUCUUGGUAUAUUCGCGAUUUUUUCAUUGAGUUGAAUGAUUAUUAUGUCUCGCAUUAUGACCCAUUCAUUGUAACAUUCCCCAGGCACAGUCCCUGAUGUGGAGCAUACAUACUUACAUACAUACUUACAUACACACAUACAUGGGAGAAGCUGCUUGUGCCAGUCUGCCGGAUCCUGUAGCGCCAAGUGACUGAUUGCUGCACCAAUUGAGUAACCUUGAGAGUGGUGUUUGUGCGGUACCGGUCCGGCUCUGUGCCCCAGGUAACCUUGAAAGUCGGCCCGCUGGUUCGUACGUGCGGAUAGCGCUUGCACCGCUGCCAUGCCCGGGGGCAACACGAUAACGCACAAAACCUAGGGCCGGAUGCGAUUUUGUAGUUGCCCAUGAACUGCACGCCAGGGGGAUGGAGGGAGCGAUUAACGAUUUACUCGAUAUCUGCUUAACUAAUAGAUCUGCUCUUCUUCCCAUGACUAAUCGUGCAUGAAUAAAGAAGCCCGGGAUCAUGGAUGAGAGAGCCAACAAGUUGAUUCUGGCCCCACUUUUAGCCGUUCUCUUUGUAAUGAUUGUGUACCAGUACAUAUGCCCCAGUGGCACUAACUCUUGCCAGUUCCGAGCUGGUGAUCAUCCCAGGACAGGGGCGCAGACCCCACAGCUCCCAACCGGGCCAGAAGCUCAAUGGCAGGGGGAGGAAGGUGAGGAAGCAGAGGAUUGCAUAGCUCCCAAAUUUCAGCCCACCUAUAACUUCUUGGCCAAAGACCUCGCCAGGUUUGUGGAUUUCAACAUAAAGGGGGAUGACGUGAUCGUGUUCCUGCACAUACAGAAGACAGGGGGCACCACUUUCGGUAGGCACCUGGUUAGGAAUAUUCACCUGGAGCAGCCGUGUGACUGCAAGCCGGGCCAGAAGAAGUGCACCUGCCAUCGGCCUGGCAAGAAGGAAACGUGGCUCUUCUCCCGCUUUUCCACGGGUUGGAGCUGUGGGCUGCAUGCAGACUGGACCGAACUCACCAACUGUGUCCCGGCGAUCAUGGAGAAGAAGGACAGCCAGAAAAACCACAGGAACUUUUAUUACAUCACAAUGCUGAGAGACCCUGUAUCACGCUACCUGAGUGAAUGGAAGCACGUCCAGAGGGGAGCAACGUGGAAAGCAUCACUUCACGUAUGUGAUGGGAGAAGCCCAACUCCUGAUGAACUGCCUACAUGCUACCUUGGAGAUGACUGGUCUGGGGUCACAUUGCAGGAGUUUAUGGACUGCAGCUAUAAUCUUGCCAACAACCGCCAGGUCCGGAUGCUGGCGGACCUCAGCCUUGUGGGAUGUUACAACUUGACAUUUAUGAAUGAAAGUGAAAGAAACCACAUUCUGCUUCAAAGUGCAAAGAACAAUCUUAAAAAUAUGGCAUUUUAUGGCUUGACUGAGUUUCAAAGGAAAACACAAUAUCUCUUCGAAAGAACAUUCAAUCUGAAGUUUAUUUCACCUUUCACUCAGUUUAAUAGUACAAGGGCCUCAAAUGUGGAUAUAGACGAAAGGUCUCGCGAGCGCAUAAAAGAGUUGAACUACUUAGACAUGCAGUUGUAUGAAUAUGCGAAAGACCUUUUUUUACAACGCUUUCAGUACACCAGGCAACAAGAGCAUCAGAGGAAGAGAGAAAAGAGGAAGGAAGAGAGGCGACUUUUAAGGGAGCAUAAAGCCCUGGAGUGGCACAAGGAGGAAAAAACAUCAGAUGCAACUACAACUGAGGACUAUAAUAGUCAGGUGGCAAGAUGGUGACAUUACUGAAAAAGUCUUCAGAAAUCAUUUGGGGGACAUGAAAAUGAUUUGCAUUUUUAAAACAAAAAUCUUUUACAUUUUGCUUUCAGAGGAAAGGGAUUAUAUAAAUAUGGUGAUUAAGUUGUACUAAAAAUAAAUAAAAUUUCACAUUUACUCGGUACACAAACAAAACACAUUUGUUCUUGAAAAGGACAAAGAACAAACUUUUAAAUGAUUUUCAACAUAAAAUAGUGUGACAUUUUCCCCUGGGGGUAGAAAUGUAUAGAUUAUCCUUUGGCGUUUCAAGUCACCCAAUUUGUGACGUGAUCAGUGGUGUCAUACGUUUAGAAACAAGACAUAGUAAAAUGAUAAAUUCAUUAAAUAUAAUUUAAACCGCUUUGUUAAUGCAUUGUUUUUAUUUGGGUGAUAUGCUGUAAAUUCAAAACAUGUUCUUUACUUAUUUUGAGUGUAUAUUGUGUUUUUAUUCUAAGACAAUGGCUUAAGAUGAAAACUCUACUGAUUACAUGGUUGUGGCAAGGUGAUAAAGCUGCACUGCUGAAACAAAAUACAAGACAAACUUGAUGAAACGAUUAUAGGUUUGUUUUAUGCAUAUAAUCUUCUAAAAGUUCAUAGGUGGAUUGUAUCAUCAGUGUCUGUUAUAGCAGAACAGGGAUACAGAUAUAAUGCUCCUUGAACUAAAAAUGCAUUUACUUAUGAAAUGUCAGUUUGUGGUUUAAUUUAUAUAAAGGUUAUUGAUGACUAGUAACACUCAAGUUUUGGUGACAACCUCAGUUACUAAUACAUUAUAUGAGUUAUAUAGACAAAGGGCAAGUGUAAGAAUAUAUAAGGAUACCCUAUAUGGCGUAUGGAGUAUGGCCUAAGUGGCCAUGAUUGCAGUUAUACCCCCAUGACUGCAGGUACCCUAAGUAAAGGUAUGUAUAAUGUAAGUAAUGUAUUUGAAUUGUAAAAUGCAUCUGUUAUGAAAUGGAGCACAGUGGGGCUCAUAUAUUCAGUCUAAACUUCACUGUCAGGAUAAAUAAGUUUAUUGGUCUUGUGGGGCUGAUUUUAGGAGUAGCAAUGUGUUUCUAUAUUAAAUGCUCAGCACAGUUGGCCCAGAAAAAAAAACACUGUACUCCAGGCACUUGGAGAUAGUCCGUGCCACUCUGCUACUUUCAGAUGUUAUGGUUAUGAGGCAGUAUUUGUGUCAAAUAAGAAGCUUUGUGGAUUCUGCCAAAACAUUUGCUCUGUAUGCAGCUCACUGGCAUGACCAGGGAGAAAUGCCAGCAAGCCAGACUAUAAUAACAGCAAAAAGUGCAGUUUGCACCAUUUCUGAAAUUGCAUCACUCUAGAUAAAUGUCAGCAAUAAAUGAAAUACAUGUUCUUGCCCUAUAGAAUAACUUACCGCGUUACCGGC